AUGUGGUUAAGUGAUGCUCAGAAAAUCGGUAUAGCCUUAGUGGCGUUUGGGAUAUUCUUCCAAUUCCUAGGCAUAAUACUGUUCUUCGAUGGACCGUUAUUGGCUUUAGGCAACAUCCUUUUCUUAUCAGGCUUACCACUUAUCAUCGGACCAACAAAGACCUUUUAUUUCUUCUCAAGAAGAGAGAAAUGGAGAGGAACAUUAUGUUUCUUCGGUGGAAUUUUAUUGGUCUUCUUCAAACAUCCCAUUGUUGGUAUCGUCAUUGAGUUUGUAGGAUUUAUUGGACUAUUCGGAUCGUUCUUCCCUGUUAUCCUCCAAGCACUCCGUCAAGCUCCAUUUAUCGGUACUUUCUUAUCGUUACCUUAUGUCAGAGGAGCUGCAGACCGGUUAGCAGGUGUGAGACAGAGUGCAGUGUAA